AACCUAUAGCUUACUUCCCUUUACAAAAUCGAUUUUCCAAGUUUGUCAUGACUCAUAAGAUUCUAAUAAGAUGGAGAUAACCAAUGUAAGUGAGUAUGAGGCCAUUGCAAAGCAGAAGUUGCCAAAGAUGGUGUUUGACUAUUAUGCAUCAGGUGCAGAGGACCAGUGGACUCUGCUUGAGAAUAGAAAUGCAUUCUCAAGAAUCCUGUUCCGGCCCCGUAUUCUGAUUGAUGUUAGCAGGAUUGACAUGACGACCACUGUCUUGGGUUUCAAGUUAUCAAUGCCCAUCAUGAUUGCACCAACAGCCAUGCAGAAAAUGGCUCAUCCAGAAGGGGAAUAUGCAACAGCUAGAGCCGCAUCAGCAGCUGGAACAAUUAUGACAUUAUCCUCAUGGGCUACUUCUAGUGUUGAGGAGGUUGCUUCCACAGGACCUGGCAUUAGGUUCUUCCAGCUCUAUGUGUACAAGGAUAGGCAUGUAGUUGCCCAGCUUGUUAGGAGAGCUGAAAGGGCAGGUUUCAUGGCCAUUGCUCUCACAGUUGAUACCCCAAGGCUGGGUCGCAGAGAAGCUGACAUCAAGAACAGAUUUACUUUACCUCCGUUCUUGACAUUGAAGAACUUUGAAGGUUUGGACCUUGGCAAGAUGGACAGAACUAACGACUCCGGACUUGCUUCAUAUGUUGCCGGGCAAAUUGAUCGCUCCCUAAGCUGGAAGGAUGUGCAGUGGCUUCAGACCAUUACAAAACUGCCAAUUCUUGUGAAGGGUGUUCUCACUGCUGAGGAUGCAAGGCUAGCAGUACAAGCUGGAGCAGCAGGUAUCAUUGUUUCCAAUCAUGGAGCUCGACAACUUGAUUAUGUCCCUGCCACUAUCAUGGCACUAGAAGAGGUUGUCAAAGCUGCACAAGGGCGAGUGCCUGUCUUCUUGGAUGGUGGUGUCAGGCGUGGGACAGAUGUCUUCAAAGCAUUAGCACUUGGAGCCUCCGGUAUAUUUAUUGGACGACCUGUGGUCUUCUCACUGGCUGCUGAAGGAGAGGCCGGAGUGAGAAAAGUACUUCAAAUGCUGCGUGAAGAGUUCGAGCUAACAAUGGCACUGAGUGGCUGCACUUCACUCAGAGAAAUCACUCGCAAUCACAUUGUGACAGACUGGGAUGCUCCUCGCCCUCUUCCUCAUCCUAGGCUAUAAAAUGUUAUGGCAGAAGAGUAUCACAACUGCACGCAUUAGGCCAAAGUGGAGAUGAAUUGGUUAAUUAUAUUUUAUGACAUCAAGAGCCCUGCGUUAAAUUUUAUUUAAAGAACACUUUUCAAUGAAUUGAUGAUCAUGGUUACCGCUGCCUUGGCUGUAUAUUCUUUCUUUAAACAACUAAUACAUAUGGAUUUUGCUU